AUGUUGAAAACAAUCGGACCCCAUUUUGAUCGCCAAGAGAUCCUUUGGGGAAACUUACCAGAAGGAGGCUAUGGCAAUGAAACGGUGGUAGAUCGAGUUCCACCAGAAAUGAUGCAUAUGAUUGAACCAAUAUGGUAUCUAUAUCCUCCGAUGGAAUCAAUAUGGUACAAAUGGUUAGGGAUUACGAUGUGUCUUUUAACAAUUUUAGCGUUAACAGGCAAUGGAUUAGUAUUAUAUAUUUUCACGUGUACAAAAAGUUUGAGAACGCCAUCAAACCUGUUAGUAGUAAACUUAGCACUUUCCGACUUUUGCAUGAUGUGUUCAAUGGGUCCAGCUAUGGCUUGGAGUUGUUUGUACGAAACUUGGAUGUUUGGGCCAUUUGGAUGUGAAUUAUAUGCUAUGGCUGGAUCAAUAUUUGGUAAUGCAUCUAUUUGGACGAUGGUUUUCAUAGCAUUAGAUCGAUACAAUGUCAUAGUAAAAGGUUUGGCAGCAAAACCAAUGACAAUCAAACUGGCUCUUUUUAAAAUUCUUCUAAUUUAUACACAUGCUAUUAUGUGGUCUAUAGCACCAAUAUUAGGUUGGAGUAGAUUUGUACCAGAGAUGAAUAUGACAUCAUGUGGUACAGAUUAUCUGAAUGAGUCAAUACAAUCCAAAUCAUUCAUUGUUAUAUAUGCAUUAUUUGUUUACGUAACACCUUUGCUAGUGAUUAUAUAUUCUUACUAUUUCAUUGUGAAGGCAAUUGCAAAACAUGAAAAAACAAUGAGAGAACAAGCAAAAAAAAUGAAUGUGACAUCUCUUAGAUCUGGUGAGCAAAGUAAUACAAGUGCUGAAAUUAAGUUGGCAAAAGUUGCUCUGAUGACUAUAUCGUUAUGGUUUAUGGCAUGGACGCCAUAUUUGGUGAUAAAUUUUGGUGCAAUAUUUGAUCUUAUAACAAUUGACCCUCUAUUUACUAUUUGGGGAGCAGUUUUUGCAAAAGCUAAUGCGGUGUACAAUCCAAUAGUAUAUGCAAUUAGUCAUCCAAAAUAUAGACAAGCAUUAGACAAAAAUUUCCCAUGUCUCGUAUGUGGUAAAUUGGAGGAUGAUAAAAGCGAUACAAAAUCAAUUGCAUCUGCUCAGACUACUGUUUCAGAAGAUAAAGUUUAAAUAUAAAACAUCUUUAUAAUCUUAAUAUAUUAAUGAAAAAUACAAUGUAUUUAAAAGAAUUAAACUACUGCACCUUUAUUUUAAU